GCAAUCCUGGAUGAUAGCAUAAAAUUCCCCUAGACUAGAUAAAGACCCAUGCCAUGGCAGCUCCGCGUGGUAACUAACGCCAUUUUUGGUUGGUUCCCCAGCUAUAGUCAGCCACCUUCACCAUCUCACCCUCCCGCUUUUGGAUUUACGAACAUCACAUAUUCACUUGCACCACACAUAACUGUGUUCUAAUUUCAAAUGUCCGAAGCAUUUCAAGAUUGCUACAAAAGAUGCCACCCAUCAUUCUUUCUCAUGUGCCCUUCAAUACCCCCACCCCCACCCCCCACCACAAACACACACCAGACACAGGUACACAAGCAUUGCAUAUGGCGUUCUAGCCAUCCAUUCCCUUGUUCUGAAUGUACCCUUUUACGGUCUUGAGAAAAAGAUAUUAUCAUAUAUUCAUAUCAGCCAUAAAGUUCACGCCUUUUUCUGAUAAGCAUAUUUCUUUUCUCUCUUGUACACAUGUAGACAUGCAUAUCUAGGGAAUCGUUUGCUUUUGGGUGUCCAUGACAUGUGGGUUUUGCUUUAUCAGAUUGGUUUCUCAAAGAAAGAGAGCGAUACAGAGCAAAUAUGGCCUGUUUAUUAUGUAAAGAUAAUAUGAUCUAAUGCGUUGAGGUUUUUUGUGGUUCUGUUGUUAUUCAACGGUUUUGCUCCCCCUUUCAUCGGAGUCUGUAAAGACCCAACUCACCUUUCGAGAAUAUUAGAGAGAGAGAGAGAAAGCGCUGGAGUUUUAGAGAGAGAAGAAUUUUACCUUGGUUAUUGUGAGAUGUUGGAAUUGGUUGGGGAAGAAGGAUCUGAAAUGGAAAAGGAAUUUGAUUCAAAGGUCAAGCUCCAGAACAGUCCAUCCAAUUCCCAGAGAUCCAAAAGCUUUACAUUCAGGGCUCCUCAGGAAAACUUUACCAUCCAAGACUUUGAGUUGGGAAAGAUCUAUGGAGUUGGUUCUUAUUCCAAGGUUGUUAGAGCUAAGAAGAAAGAUACUGGAAAUGUUUAUGCCAUGAAAAUCAUGGAUAAAAAGUUCAUUACUAAGGAAAAUAAAACUGCAUAUGUGAAAUUAGAGCGCAUUGUACUCGAUCAGCUAGACCACCCUGGGAUCGUGCGAUUAUGUUUUACAUUUCAGGACACCUUUUCACUAUACAUGGCUCUUGAGUCUUGUGAAGGUGGAGAGCUUUUUGAUCAAAUAACUAGGAAAGGACGUCUUCAGGAGGAUGAGGCUCGUUUUUAUGCCGCAGAAGUUGUCGAUGCUCUUGAGUACAUACAUAGCAUGGGAUUAAUACAUAGAGAUAUUAAGCCGGAGAAUCUGCUGCUUACUACAGAUGGGCACAUCAAAAUUGCUGACUUUGGCAGUGUUAAGCCAAUGCAAGACAGUCGAAUAACAGUCCUACCAAAUGCAGCCUCUGAUGAUAAGGCUUGCACCUUUGUUGGAACAGCUGCAUAUGUCCCUCCAGAAGUUUUAAAUUCUUCACCUGCAACUUUUGGAAAUGACCUCUGGGCACUUGGCUGCACGCUGUAUCAAAUGCUCUCAGGGUCAACUCCCUUCAAAGAAGCCAGUGAAUGGCUCAUUUUUCAAAGAAUUAUUGCCAGAGAUAUCAGAUUUCCCAAUUACUUCUCUGAUGAAGCCAGAGAUCUCAUUGAUCGGCUGUUGGAUAUUGACCCUAGCAGAAGACCUGGCGCAGGGACGGAUGGUUAUGCUUCCCUUAAAAACCAUGCUUUCUUUAGAGGGGUUGACUGGGAAAAUUUGAGGUCCCAAACCCCUCCACGGCUAGCUAUUGAACCAAAAUCACAUUCUUCUCAUAGUGGAGGCGAUGAUCAAGAACCGUGGAAUCCAGCACAUGUAGGGGAUGGUUCUGCUAGAAGUGAUGGAAAUGGUGGAGCCUCUUCAUCUUCUGAUGCUGCUGGUAGCAUCACUAGACUAGCUUCUAUUGAUUCUUUUGAUUCAAAAUGGCAACAAUUUCUGGAUCCUGGCGAGUCAGUACUUAUGAUCUCCAUGGUAAAAAAGAUACAGAAGCUUACUAACAAGAAAGUACAGUUAAUCCUCACAAACAAGCCGAAGCUUAUUUACGUGGACCCAUCAAAGUUGGUUGUCAAAGGUAACAUUAUUUGGUCCGACAACCCGAAUGAUCUCAGCAUUCAAGUAACCAGCCCUUCAAACUUCAAGAUUUGCACACCAAAGAAAGUCUUAUCUUUUGAAGAUGCAAAGCAAAGAGCAUUCCAAUGGAAAAAGGCCAUCGAGGCUCUUCAAAACCGGUGAAUGCCGUUUGGAAACCUUUGGAUGUGAAGAAAAAGAAACAUACGACUCUCUAAGUUCAACUUCUGGCCCUGUCCGGAUAAAUCUGCUAUUCUUUUUCCCUGGUUCAAAAGCUUUCUGAGUUAAUGGAGCAAGGUGAAAAGUAUUUGAAUGGCUUUUUGUGUAAUUGCCUGGAAUAUCCUCUUGGGUUGCUGGGGAGUUAUUGCUUCCUUCGUUCCCUUGGAUAGUAGUAAAAGGCCAUCAAUGAAGGGGAAAUGCCAGAAAGCAGUUUUAGAUAUGUUUCUUGUGGUUUAACCAUUCUUGUAUUGAUAUGAUGGAAAUAUUACAUGGGAAUGAAUUUUAUUUAAUUUGUUCAAUUGUUCCAUGGAUGAUCUCUUCUAGUUCCAAAGUUGGGUGCAAAGAAUAGGGUUGGUAAUUAUGUUUCUUAUAAUUAUUUAAUUUAAAUGCUUUUAUGGUAGUGUAGCAUUAUAUUCUACUUUUCCC